CCCAUGUGCUGGCCUGCUUGAUAACAGGAGUUAUGACGACAAAGUGGGCAUUAGUGUGAUCGCGACAGGAUCAGGGCAAGCUCUGCAACUUGGCACAACAAAAGAAGCUGAGAUUUUCCAGUUUCAGCCAUGCAGGGCUCAAGCGAAGUCAUUAUGGAACGAUCGAAUCCUUUAGGCACUGAAUUGGUCGUGAGUACCUCUUCGACUGUUGACAUGACCUGUGGACAUCCUGAGCUUCUUCAAUCCCCAGCUAUCCCAGUGUCUUUGAAGACAGCUGCCUCUCCGAGCCCUAUGGAUUGCGAGUCGGAGGAAGCUGAUAGCGCAAACGUUGGCCUUGAGCAAGCUCUUCAAUCGUUUGUAAGGUACGCAAUCACAAUUGAUUUAUUAUCACAUUGCGAUUAAAUAUUUGGUCCAUAUUCUGGGAAAACUGCGCAAAGAUCGUCUGUGCCCAGGUGGUUGCAUUAAAUUUGUAGAUCACGCUAGGAACUUGGUGUUCUUUUUUACAUGAAGGUUAAAACUGAGCGUUUUAAAAUUUAUUGUGAAUUUUAUACGGCGUUCUUCGCGUUGUCGAUAUAGGCAGGUCAUAAUCCCAAUGGAUUUCGACUCCUUGACUUGCGCAUAUUUUGACUGCUAAUUGCUGGCCGUAAACUAAAUUUACCGAUUGAAGUCAUUUAUUGGGGUUUGUUUUUGUCGAGGAAUUGGUGGAUCGAAGCCAUGUGUGUUGCUGUUAAGGGCAGAUGUGAUUCGCUUAUGUGGGAAGUCGUUCAGUUGUUUUUUCCGCUCUGCACGUGGCUUAUGAAAAAAAAAUUUCAUUCAUUCGGUUUUCCACGAUCGAGGAAUUUCAGAGAAAUUGCUUUAGCUAGACCGAUCUCCAAGAUGAGCAAACUAAACCGAGAUGUGGCUGACGUUUACGGGCAUAUUCUCGUCUUGUUUACAAGGUUGUUGUAAUUAGCAGCGAAAUAAAAUGGACAGCUCCAUCGUUUGACAUAUACAACCUUUAAUGUUUUUUGUUUUGUAAACACAGAAGGCGUUUAUUUGAGAAAUUCAUUCCUUGCUAAAUACGUUACAUCAAAAGAGAAAAACUCUAUCAAACUUACGAUCAGUGAAGUUUAUUUAGUAUUUAUCAAUCUUUUUCGUUCAAAGUGCCCCCUCGUUGAAUGAAUGGAUGCAAAUCACUUUUCUUCUUUAUUUUUCGCUGCAUGAUUUUAGUUUGUUUGCCAUUAGCUCAAUGAAGCGUGGUAAUGUUCGGUUAAACCUCAUUUCUUACGACUAUUUUGUCAUCUGCGGGUAAAACGUUCGGUGCCGUUGAUCGCCGACCUCGCGUGUCAAAGUUUGUAAUCGCGUUAGUUCUGAAUGCAGAUAAAACACCGAAAAAUCUUCUUUGCGCGUUUUUAACUCGUGAGCUCACAUGGUGGUCGAGCAACUUCCUUUUCACACAUCCGUAGCGGGUCUAAAAUUAGUUUAGCGAAACCCUAGUGAGCUCAGUUCCAAUGACGUAGAAGUAAUUUCAGUGUUCUUAACCCGUGAAACUCCAUCGUACUUUUGCCAUGGCAAUGCUGAAAUAAAGAAACACUUGCAAACAAGUUGCCGUAAUAUUUAAAAAUGUUUUCGUGAGAUGUGCGGCGAUGGAGUCAAAUCUAUAGCAAACACGCUGUCAAAGGGGUCGGCAUCGCCGUACAUUUCACAUGCCAUCCAAUUCAAUGAAACACGUGUAGAUAGUGAUUAUCAGACAACUUCAAAAGUCAGGUGCUUCUGAUCAAAUAUACGUUAUAAUACCUUUUCAUGCAAGCAAUUAUUUCUUUAGAUCUUUUCACCUCCUUGUCUGGGCGGGAUUUCGACGAGGUCAGUCGAAAAAGUUUGCAACGAAAAAAGGAAAAGCAGAAAAUUGCAUUCACGUGCAAUUUUGAAAAUAAGUUUCUUUCUAAAACCGUUUUUUCACCAGUUUUGGAAAGAUAUUGACGUCUUAUUGUUAUUUCCCCUGUUCGUAAAUGAGUUUCGCGGGAAGUUUCGCGCGAAAAAUUAAAGGACGCUCGUCUCGUUUUUUAAUACAGCUUUUUGUCGCUUUAAACAAAAGCCUUCCAUUUAUGAGCGUACGGAAUUGCAAAAUCUAAAUGAUAUUCACGAAAGAUUAAAAACAUAAUAUUUUUAGCCCAGAAAUAUAAUCGUGCUUUCACUUUGGGCAGUUUUGAAAGAUUUGAAACUGACAACGUCUGUUUAUUUCGUGUUGGAAAUGGACGAGGGGAAAGUUCUUUUUGAACGUGACACGAAGGCCUUACGCUGUGAAAUGCAGCAUGUCUAGGGGCUUUGUUCGACCAUGUGUUCCACUGUUUGAUCAUCCAUUUGGGUCGUGGGAACGGGGUUUUUAUUGUUUUCAUAUUAAAAUAUUUGCCUUGUAUAUUUACUUGCCCUGUAUUGCGUUUUAAAUGACUCGGGUAAAACGGUGCAUUUUUUUUUGCGGAUUUUUUUGCGCAAUUUAACUUGCGCCUCGAGUGUUUUUUUUUUUUAAAUUCAGUUACUGGUGAGUGCAAAGGGAUUUACAAAGGUGGGCUCUACUUAUUUAUAACUUGAAUGAAAAGUUUUCCGAAGAGUUAGACUUGCUUUAAAUUACACAGGUGAAUAAGUCAAAGAUGAUAAAUUCAUUUCAAGAUUGUGCUAAAUGUCCUCAUUAAGAUUUUUCAAGUGAAUAUAUUGUGAACAAGAAUUUUUUUUCAUGCUUUGAUGAAGACGCCAGGUUAUUUUGACUACUCAGCAGAGACUUGGUGCGCUCCAAAAAUACCCAUUAUUUUUUCUGCAUAUAUUCAGGGGUGGGGUUAUUUUAAAUUACACUAUUACCAGCUUACUGUGAAUUUCCAUCAGAUUGGUUACCUUCAAAAUGACUGACUAGCUAACAUUGCUGUCUUGAUGGUGAAAUUUUUGUAUGUGUAGAAACUAAAUUCUGUUGGGUAAUUAAAAUCCUAAAGUUUGUUUUUUUGCUAAAAAUUUGUGAUUUAAAUAAUGUUUUGUUAUCUAAUUGGUUAAAGUAAUUUUUAAGUGGGAUUUUAAGAAACAAAAUGCUGCAGCCAUAAAUAUUUCUAUUUAUCAGAUGACUUAAACAGUCAUCCAGGCCAGGUGGCCAUUAUUACAGUUUUUAUUUGAUAUUUAAUUUAUCACCUGUCUGAACAAAAUGUGUUUUGCUGUAUAAAAUGGUGAAUGUUGUAGACAGCUCUUGUCUGUCUCAGUUCAAAGUGCAAAUGAAUUUUUUAACAGAACUAGUUUUUUUUUUCAAAAAAAAAACAACAACAACAUCAACAACAAAUACUGAUGAAUACCUCUUUACAUUGUCAUACUAUUUUGUAAACACAAUUAAACUCUUUAUGGAUUACAAGGUUAAGAAUAUAUAAUUGAACAUCUCCAAAUUUUGUGUGAACAUAAGCACUGUUCUGUUGACCAAAGACGGUAAUUAUGAUGGUAGAAAUUAAUCCUAUUUUAAUCACACAUACAAUAUGAUCUAAAAUUAAAUUAAACAUGUCCGUAGGCACUUGGGCAAGUUAUAAUGUAGAAACUGAAGAGGAGGUAGCAUAAAAACAGCACUAAACUAUGACUGUCUUCAUAUUUAGCCAAAACAAUUCACCGUUUAUACGUCUGGUUAGCAACUUCUGGUUAUCAAUAAAUGGUUUAGCAAAUGCAUACUAGUCAACUUGAAUUAGUCUAAGAACUGAGAACUCAACACUUGCUAUGCAACGUUAUAAAUAGGCUGUCUUGUGCAAAUAAAAGUUCAUGUAACAUUUUAAAUUUAAACAAAGUGCGUACAACAUAAACUUAAACCGUGUUUGCAUGCACGUUUGACUUCAAUAGUCAAACAGACUGUUUUAUAGCAAAACAAGCACCAGCCACUGCUUUGUCUGCAAAAAUAUUUUAGAUUCAUGAAUCUUGCAUAUGUGGAUGAAGGUUUUGGCAAUUUUUCUAGCUAAAGAUGAAGCAUAUUCAACCUUCAAACUUUUCUUUUUUCAGCAAGGAGAUACAAGAGAGGAUCCAAAAAAUUCUGGUAAAUGUAAUGCCUUUAUUCUUUGUUGACAAGUUUUGUGACAGGCCUUCCAGGGGUGGAAGCAGCAAGUGACAUGGCGCCAUCAUUGAAUGACUGGUGAAAAUCUUCUCAGAAAGCACCGUCAUCGGCAGAAAAAGAGGAAAGAAUUGUGGCUGCAAUAAUCCAUUUUCUAAGUAGUGAAAGUGACUUCCAUUCACUUUUGCAUUGGCUGUAUUGGCAGUGACAUAACAAACUCUCUUUCAUUAUAUGCUGUGAAUUACAAAUUGAGUAUCACAAAAUUUAAUUCCAAACCAAAGGCAACUUUUUCAUCCUGGUUUUAAGGGGACCUGGGACAUUCUUUUCCUUUAAAAUACCAGGUUGACAGGCAGUAUCAGAAAUGACCAGACCGCACACUAAUAAUUUUACAUAUUAUUAAAUUAUUUUAAAGGAAGAGGUACAACAGCUGUCAGACACUGAAAAAUUGUUGCUCUAUCUUCGACUUCCUGGUGAGACAGCCUCUGAAUCCAAAGAUGACUUUGAUCAGUAAGUCUUUAAUAAUUAUAUCUAAUUUGUUAACCAGGGGCAGGGCAAUACUGGUGAAAUGAUCAGCCUGAAGUCUUGAGUGCAGAGAACUUUUCACACUUAGGUAAAGAAAUACCAAAAACAAGAUAGUGAGAUAUUUUGCAAGGAUGGUCCUGAUCAGGGAAGAUGAAAAAAUAGUGGGUUCAUUACUUCAUGGAAGCAGGAAGGUUUUUUUGAUAUUGUAAUGCUUGGAAAACAUUAACGUAUGAAUUAAUUAUCGUAUACUGAUAAUCGUAUAUUUGUAAUUUGGUUGUUUGGUAAAAAAUAUUGAAUAAAUAUGUCUUUAGUCUGUAAAUUUUCAAUCUGUUGUAACUUUUAAAGGAUUUAAAAGUUGUUAAUGUCUUACUUUAAUAGAAAUCAAAGUCUUCCCAUCUCUACUACAAGAGCAGAGCAAACACAAGCAUUUCACUGGUGAGAUUUUUUUGUGGUGAUGGUGGUGAUACAUUUACCCUGUUGAAGUUUUAUUAUUGAUCAAUUUCCUCAAAUAUUUGUUCAAAUAGACAGACUACAAAGUCAUAGUUGAAUAUCCGACAAAUUCCCUCUGCAGAACAAACCUAGCAUUCCCUGUGGAAUAUAUAUACAUACAACCUCAAACAGGUUCAUAAGAUAUACAUAGGACUGUUUCUUGUCCAAACUCAGUAGCCGGUAUUAUAGAGUCCAUUGGUCCUUAUUCAGAGGAGUUUCCUUGUUAAUUAGCAUCUUGGUCUCCCUGCAGUUGCCUCUUGAUAAGGGUUUAACAAAUUGAAUCAUGUUUAAACACACAAUCAGAUUCCAUCCAAUCAAAACUGUUUAGCAUAUUUUCAUUUACACGUGCAAAGAUGUUUUGUCACUUUGAACAGUAUAUAUUUGGUCAGUUUUUAGAUUUCAUCUUGUCAUUUGAUAAUGUCAUAGCGAAAUUGAAAAAUCGUGUUUAAACUUUUUUUGCUUAUCUUUAAUCUUAAGAAUCAUGUUUUAGUAGUUAAUUUAACAGUAGUGCUGAUUAUUUGUGCUUUUUAAAGGAUUCGAUGUCAUUUGGAGGAGUGUGACAACAAUUCCACUUUGCCCAAGCAUGAAGUCUAUGAUGAAUAUAAGUAAGUCAUUAAUUGCCAUAAAUCCUCUAUUAAGCCCCCUGGGGGGGGGGGGGCUUAUUUAAGUUGGAGAAGACAAUCAUGGCUGUCAUUAAGAGGCAGGGGCUGGGGAUUCCCCCAGAUUGGAUUAUUUUUUCUUUUUAAAAGGUAUUGAGCCUAUUUGGGGGGUGAGAAAAACAAUUCCAUUUUCCCCAGACUAUAAUCUUACAUUAAAAUUAAAAAGUGUUUUAGUUGCCAAAAACCUUCUUAAACCCCCCGUGGGGGGGGGGGGGGGGGCUUAUUUAAGUUGGAAAAGACAAUCAUGGCUGUCAUUAAGAGGCAGGGGCUGGGGAUUCCCCCAGCUACUAUAAACAUGGCCCCCGGCUACUUUCAAAGGAAAAUAGAAGAAAAAUUGAUUCCCACCUACUUGUUGUAUUUACCCGGCAACUUGAAAUCUUAGUGACAACCCUGGACAAUGGUAUCAGUUCUCCAUAAAGAACUAGAAUUUUAUAUAGAAAGUGAAAAAGCUCAAGUACAAGAAGGUUGGAGGUCAUGCAGCCAAGGAUCAGAAUCAAAUCUGAACUUCUAGUAGGUAAAUAAACCACCCCACAUCAGUCUACGCACAGUUUUACAGUCGUCCGAAUUGUCCCACAUGCUUCAUCUCAGAAUUUACACAGAAAUCACUGUUUUUAUGUGUGAACACAUUAAGCCGUAUCCGGUAUAGCCCAAAAGCUAUCUGCUAUAAAGUGAAGAAAGCCUAAGGCAUACAAAAGGAUCCAGAUGAUUAGGGAAACCAGAUUUAACUGUCCUGUGGCCAUUCAUUUUGUUUCAUCAUUUUUUGACUGAUUGAGAUGUUUCAAUCAAUUUUUUCAAACAGAGCUCACUGUGAGAGCAUGAAUGCUGCUCGGACAUUAAGUGCACCUGACUUUGGGAAGAUUAUCAAGUGUGUGUUUCCAAGAGUGAAGGCAAGACGACUAGGGACACGAGGGAAUUCCAAAUACUGUUAUAGUGGAAUCCAAAGAAAAAAGAACGUAAAACCACCUACCCUGCCAUCUCUACAAGUGCCAUCAGCAAGUGAAAAAGAAAAGGUGAGAAAUAUAUUUUGUGUUACUUUGUUAUUGUUGUUUUUAAUGUAGGAUUUAGCUUUACAGCCUUGAAACACAAUGUUAAGUUAUUGCAGGCGACCAGAGAAGCCCGCAAUCCUUAUCUCCGGGUUGCUAUUAUGUGUGAGCAACACAGCAUGUACAGUAUGUAGCCAGCAUUCAUUUGGACUUCCACUAAGAAUGAAUGGGUGCCAAAAACUCAAUCUCAUCACGCAUGCUCAAUUGUCACUCAUGUCAUCUGAUAUCCUAUCAUGUGUUGCCUCGGACAAGGCUCCGUAGUAAGGGGAAAAGGCAAAAAAUGGGGUGAAACUUAUCCGGAGCAUAGCAUUACAGCAAGAGUUUUUUGACCUUCGAUCUAUCUCACAUGUACUCCCUGACCUCUGGUUAUCCUAGUUAUAAUGUGUAAGGCCUUCCUAAGAGUUUUUAUUUGAAUGGUGUCACGCAAGGAUUUUGUCUGCAGACUUACAAAAUCAUUUCAGUUAAGUUUGCUAAGGUCCAAUAUUAUGCCUCUCAUUUAAGAUAUCAAAAUGUCUUAACCAUUAAUGAAACAAUUCUGGUUUCAAGCAAUUUUGUCACAAUAAUUCUCUUUAACCAGAAUUUGAAUCACCUUUCAGAGUUCAAAUAAUUCAGCAAACAGUCCAAAUGGAGGAGACAAAAUAGAAGAAGACCAAACCCUCUCAGCAGCUUGUAUGCUUGUGUGUGAGUGGGCCAAUAAACUCCUUGGUAGGGUAUUCAGCACGUUGAUUGAACUGGCCAGGUUUCUUGUUGGCGGGAGUUACGUAUCCAGCAAAUCCAUGGCAGCAUUUGUGGUAAUGUCCAGCAAUGAUCUAAGCACACCUCAGAUAAGUCAUUCAUUAGUGUCUCUAUUGACACCCUUGAAGCAAAGUGAUGAUCCAAUGUUACUGUCACAAAAACGGCGACAGUCACAGCAGAUGCCUAAGAAGAUGCCGCAAAGACAACAGCAGAAGCAAAUUCAACAAAUUCCUUCCAAUUCCUUAAUCCAGCAGGGAGCAGCUCUUUGUAACACAACACCACAGUUACUGGCUCACAAGGCUUUGGUAAGUAGAAAUAAAUACAGUUGAACUGCCAGUAGGUUGGCCACCCUCAGGGUUCUGGCAAGUGGCCGCUUAAUGGAGGUUGGCAGCUCAAUGGAGGUUUGUCAUAAAUUUGAGUGGAAUCCCAUCAAUACGCUCACCAAUGGACCAAAAAAAGUUUGGCUGUAUUAACAGGUCACCAUAUUAACAUUAGGGUUUUUUACAAGAAAAUGUAUGGCCGUUUUUCCGGGGGACAGAAAAAAAGGUGGUCGUAAUAACAAGGUAGCUGUAAGGCGGGGUUUCACUGUAGCAUAGUCUUAAGCAGAAGUUGCACUUUGUUUUGUUGAAAGAAAAAAAAAACACGGAAGAGGAACGGCAUUACUGUGCCACAAUAAUUAGUCGUCGCCUUCUAUGUUACACUGAAUUUUCCUUAAUUAUCGUAUUUGUAAAAUAAAUCCAAGAACUUGACGGUCACUUAAUAUUGUGACAACAAUAAGAGAACUCUCAUUGAGAUGGCCACAAGGUGGCGGCUGUCACAGGAUAAAGGUGACUACUUACACUUUAAUACUUUAUUUCAACAACAUAAAUUACAAAUUAGUACAAAGAACAGCGUUGAAAAGGGAAAGAACCUCAAAAAGUGUGGUAGCACCAUUCUAGGAGGAAACCCUAAACUACCUAUAAGCUUAAGAUAUAUACAAAAAAAUCGAACUAUAUACAGAAAUUCAAAAGUGAGCUAAAAUCUAGAAAUCUUCGACUUAAAAUCUGCCACAGAAGUCGCUCCUCUAAUAUCUUAUUUGCCCAAUUGAUUUUUUAUAGAUGUUAAACCGAGGUUCUUGCAUACUAACUGGCAAGAGAGACGAUUCCAUUCCCCAAAUAUUCUUUUCAAGAAAUUAUAAUUAUUUGAAUAAAUUAGUCCUUGAAUAACUUAUUAUAGGUUUACAGUGUAAUUUGUUGUUUGCAUUUUUAGGUAAGCGUCUCAAGUCCACAGAAGACACCCCAUAAACAGCCAUUACAUAUCCAACCAAAGCCAAUACAAGCAUCUCUCCAGAGUCCCCCUUCUCAGAUAGGACAGUUUUAUCAACAACAACAACCACAGUCAGGGAACCCUACCACUACACCCAGUGGAUUUCCUUCCAAAAUAAGACCUGUUACUCCAUCGAUGAUGUCCCCGACAACUCCUAUACAGCAAGCAAUGCCACAGACACCUUCACCAUUCCAGUCAUCACCAAAGUUCAACACUCCAGGGACACCACAGAAUCGUCCUGUUACUCCCAGUUCGGCUAACGCCACACCUAGACACACACCAAACUCAGCAGAGCCCACCCGGUUUUUGUUCACACCAAUCACUAGUGGAUCACAAGAACAGAGGGUAAAUAGAGGAGAGACAAGCCCUCCGACGUUGCGACCCACUGCAACCCAUCCUAGCCAGCUUAUUAAUAGUGACUGGCCGCAGCAAGGAGCAGCACAGAUGGGAGUCAAUGAUAUGCCCAUGUCACCCAGUAAACAACCAAGACUGAUUAGCCAGAACCCUCCUUCUACACCAACUUCAAACCGCAGACCUGGUUCGUUUGCGUACCCUCUGCCUUCUCCCAGAACGCCACAGCGCAUAGCUCCACAACAGUACGUGACGUCGCCAACAAUGGCUUCGCCCGGGGUGGGGCGACAGUUGAAUCCUGUCUCGCCAAAUGUUGUACAAAGGAGCCAGGAAUUUAUGCUCCCGACAGCGAUUUCACAUGUGGAGACUAUGGCUUCCACUGGGUACUCUCAGGGGGUCAGUAUGAGUAGCGUUGUUUCCUCUGGAAGUGAUGUACAUAUGACACAGCAGCAGCAGCAGCAACAGCAGUCUAAGCAAGGGUAAGUCAUUUACAAAAGCGAUAAAAGGUGUGGCAUAGCCUGAGUAAGCGGGGACAUUUCGCGACUCACCACUGGUUUCCCCGCGAAAGGACGUCUGAAGAACGAGCGCAAAAACUCCAUAUUGAUGACCUGUCACUGCCCAGUUCUGGGGGUUGAAGCAAAUUUCCCUCGCGGCAUUAUCAAUCAGAGGUUCUGCCGCGAUCCGGGAAGUGACACGUAAUCGGUAUGGAAUUUCUGCGCACAUCCCUCAGACGUCAUUUUGCAGGGAAACCAGAGGUGGCGGUAAGAAAGUUCGGCUGUUUUCUCAAGCUAGAUGUAGCAGUGACACGUUGUAUAGUUCCUAGAGGGACGAGUUAAACUAUAAAUUUGGCGGCGUUUCUGAUCUGAAAAUUUGGCAAACGCCAAAUUUUUGCAAUGUUAAACAAUAGUUUCUGUUUUGUUUGAUUGUUUUCGGCUAGAAAGGUGCCUCGUAACUCUAAUGGCGACCUUUUUAGGUUUGACCUCCCGAAGCGGUACCAGUUCAAAGAGGGUUUGUUAAUUUUUUCAUGGCGGAAACAAGAAGGGUAUGAAGAAUUUCUAGACCACGAAUGGUCGUCUUUCUUUCCUCAGAGCCAAGCACGGCGAGGAAAGAAGUUAAAUAAUGCAAAUUUUUGGAGAGAUUGGGGCUUCAACCCUCGUUCCUCGCGACUUUGCCGCUUGCCCCUCACGCGCGCUUUCGAUCUAGUGUAACUCGAAAGGAAAUAAGAGAAUGCUGGCAGUCUAAAUAAUUUCUGAUACCACAUAAUAUCCGAGCUGAGGCAUUUGUAAUAUUAAUUUGCAUUUUGUUGGUAUGAUUUUUAGGGCACCUGGUCUGUUGCCCAAAUCGUGUAGAUUCAGCAGUGGUUCAGAUAAUGGACAAGUGCCGCAAGCGUCUAUGAUUCAACAUCAAACAAUGGAUUAUUCACCAGAAUUGGAGUCGAUCUGUAACCAGGCCAUAAGUUCUACAGGUCAAAUGCCUCCGCCAUCGUACCAGCGAAGUCAGUCUGUUCCUCCGUUGACACAGCAUGCGCUGGCCGAACAGCGGUUUCAUCCAUUGACACCGCAGACUACCACCCGUCCCCAGCACUUGACACCAUCGCCCAUGGACUCGUCAAAUCAACACUUGAAUGGUUUAAAGGAGCUACGCAACAGAGUUCUCCAUGGUGAUGUUAAUAAUAAUGGCUCAAGACCACCGCCUGAUAGCGCUUUCUCCGCGCGGAGAAACUUAACACCCAUGCUCAACGCGGAACAUUCAAACAUGACCGCUGCCCCGCCGAACUGGGCGGUGUCACAGGUCCGAACAAACCACCCGAACAGGGCUGGCGAGGAUCAUGAAAUGACCAUUCUGGAAAAUAACUUGACUUUUGCGGAUCUAAGCAAUGAAAAUGAUGAAACAUUAUCUGAUCUAAAUACGCUGGAUGAGGCUACUACGGAAGCAGUACUGAGAAAUAUUUGUAAUAACACCUCUGGUGUUUGGCCCACUAAUGACGUUCAUACAUGGCCAAGCUCACAACCGCUGCAAAUUAUGGAUUAAGCCUUGCUUCCUGUAAACACACCCCCACGCGCGCCAGAACAGAGAAAAAUGUGUGCUUAAGGGAGGUUGGUUAAGAAUACAGUGUUUGUAUGAGGUUUUUAUUAUGACCAGGUUUUCGCUUCCACAAAGUGUCUUCUAAUGUCGUCUAUAUUAAAGCUCGGUUCUUCAAUUUCUUCCCUCAAAAAUACAGGUUUUUAAUCGGUGUGAUGGUUAUGUCAAUUAACAUAUACAAAUAUUGUAGAACAUUUUGCUGAGUGGAUUGUAGACCGGCAACCAAAUUUUAACUUAACUAUUUGUUUCAAAGUGUGCAGGUGUUGAGGUGCGGAUAUUGUGGAG